AUGUGGAUAAACAAAAUAGGAAAUAAAAGUGCUUCAUUUAUUAAUCACAAGCAUUUUCAUCCAGGUAAUAUAAAAAAUUUGGAAAGAGUAUGGCUAGCUGAGGAGAAUGAAAAAAAGCGAAAAGAAGAAGAAGAAAAAUACCUAAAGAAAAGAGAAGAGCAAUAUAAAUUAUAUGAAUUAAAAAAACAAUUACGUAAAAAUGAAGAAGAAAAUAAAAAUGAUGUACACAAUAUAUUAUAUGAUAUAAAUAAAGAAUUCAAAAAGGAGAAUUCUAUGAAAAAAAAAAUUUUACAAAAUAAUAUUUCAAAUGAAACUAUUCCAAAUGAUAAUAUUAUAAAUAAGAUACUUAUAAGAUCAAAAUAUGAUGAAGACAUAUUUUUAAAAAAUCAUAGAUCUAUUUAUGGUUCUUAUUAUGAUAAAGAAAAAAACAAAUGGGGUUUCAAGUGUUGUAAAAAUAUAGAUAAGAAUUCAAAAUGUCCAAAUAAUACAAAUUGUAAUUAUAAUAUAAAUAAUAAUCCUAUUAAAAAAGAUUUAACAAAAACAAAAAACAAAAAGAAGAAGAAAAAAAAACUUACUGUUGAUAAUAGUAUAACAGCUGUUUUGAAUAAAAUAGGAUAA